AUGAAAGGUCGCAGAAGAAAGGUAGGUGAGUGGUUUGUGAGGAUUCGGUUGUAGUUUGGUUUCUUCAGAGUUGAUAAUCAAUUCAGUUGCACAUGAGUUACAAGUCAGAGCACGUUUCAGUGCGGCGGUUUCACACAUACAUGGUUUAUUUAUCAAAGUUGUAAAUUCAGUUUAUCCAAACGGAUGGAUUCUUAUUGAAUAACUUAUCCUAUGUUAAAUUGAAGAUAUAAAUCAUGUAUUAGCAAGUUCGUAAUCCCUGAACUGUGGACAACAUUCGUUGCUCUCACCAUUCGCUUCCGAUCCCUGCAUAUUUUAACGCUUUCUGGGCUCAGUUCCUCAAGCCAAGGGUUUCGUAUGUGAAAAUGAAACUAAUUCAAAGCAAUUUUUAUUUUUCGAUCAAAUAUUUCAACCUAUUUGAAAAAACAGAACGAAUGUCUCUUUUGACACACAAUAACUUACCACAACAAUUUGGAAAAACUUUAGUUCGCUUUAAUUUCAAGUAUACGUCAUGUCUAUUUGCAGCUUAUGAAAACCACAAAUAAGUUUAAACUGUAAACCCGAUACGAGAGGUUGCGCCAGAGCUGGCAACAAGAAAAACCAUAAUCCGGAAUCAUAAGACAAAGGAAUGUUGAUACAUAUUUUUCAGACAAAUUCGACCCAGAGGUAAAUUUUGAGAGAAACUUGUGAAUGUGCUUCCGAUUGCGCCGUCUCCCAAUUUUGUUCGUUCAGUUCCCAGCUUUUUUAAUGGUUUUUGAAUUUUGAGAGUGAUUAAUUUGAAUAAGUAACUUUUCUUUGCACUCGAAAGUUUAUUUGUCAGCUGACUCCAAGGGAUGGUGACAGCUUACCCAGCCACGGAGAGUUCCGACUCAGUGGCGCCUCCUAACUUCUGGUAUGCGAUCAGGUAUAACGCGCCUAGCACGUGAAUUGUUCCUCCUUGUAUAUCAGAGAAUGGUUUUAAUUAAAAUAUACAAGUAUAGUAUUGCAAACUAAUUGUCCAUGAACUAUCAUAUGUUAUUGUUAUCCAAUCAAAACAACCGAGCGUUAUGCCUUUAUCUUCUUAAACUAGCGUUCCCACAAUUAAAUCCCUACAGAUAUUAGCUACAUAGGUGAUGAGCUCCGUCUGACAAGACUAUGAAGUGUUCGCUCCCACUGUUAUAAACAAGAGUAAGUUUAUGGCGGAAGAGAGCUCGAUGAGACUGGGAACUUGCUGUCAGUUCUCCGCGCACUGCACGCCAACGGUAUUAUAUGGCAUAGAUCAUUUUGCUGCUUGUUAAUUAAUGAGAUAAAGAAAAAAAAACCGAGAAAGACCUCUGAUCUACAGCUAAUAUACUCGGAGACUCUGACGGCGUCUCUUACAUGCUAUCCGUUAAUUUUGCCUAAAAGCGAUGCGAGCAAUACGAUUGAUUAUAUGUUUUGGCCAUUUCAUAUAUGGCACUUAACUCAAACUCAAUACAGCUUAUUACAUGCCAAAUAAAAUCCCUUAAUUUUAAGCACGCAAUAACGUUUUUUUUAGUGAAGUGAUUCUAUACAGUAUGAAAUUCCAGAUGUAUUGUUCAGACUUUAUUCCGGAAAUUACAGAAUAUAAUACAAUUUCACAAUAGUUUUUAGCAGUUAGGCCUUUCACAAAUCAAAAUAUGCAGUCAGUAGCUUUUCACUCAGGAUAAAGGUGUUUAUUCUUAUGGCUAAACCUGACAAGGCUGCCAAAAGCCUCUUACAUCCCAACAUCAGCAUGCAUAUUCUCCAUACUGUUCUACAUACAUUUCUUAAGAUGCUGACAACGAGAAUUUCUUAAACAAUCAAGAGCUUCUUUAUUAUGUGACAUUUCCUUUAUUCUUGAUUCAGGGAUAAUAUUGUACUGAAGGAGAAAUUAAUGGCUAAUCACCCUUAGGAGUCAAAGGGUUAAACUCACAUAAUUAAUUGCGCACUGAUCUCAAGCUGUAGUGAAAGUUUACUGUGAAAGUGUGAGGUACACUCGAUAUAUUGUCUAUAUUCGAUAUACAUGAUUUUCGCUGCGUUUUGCAAUGAUGUCUUUUAAAAUCUUUUACAGUUUACCUCCUAAGAUCCAACAUCUGAUGCCUAAGUCUCAAACUUAUUGUCAUCUGACUAUUUCCCCUCGUAGAUAAGUUAAGAGAGAAUUUUAAGAGUGCUAUUACAAGAAAACACUAAUCAGCCGACAACUCUCUCUAUUCUAUCACUCGUUUGCUCGAUGAUCAGUGAUAAAUAUUGCAGUGGGAAAUUAUUCUCUAAUCACUUCUUGGAGGAAAGAGAAUAAAAGGACAUAUUAUUUACUAGAUCGUGACUGACCUCAGAAUUUCGUGUCAACAACCAAAUGCUGUAAACCCAGUUAAAUUUAUUCGAUAGUCCUACAAUAUUUUCCGUGUUUUCAAUGUUGCUUUUUUUCCAUUUUACACUUUAUUUAGUUGUAUAUCAAACUCAGAAAUUUGUUUGAGGAAUAUUGGCCGUCGUUUGAUAUUUGUUUGAUAUCUGUUUGUUUUUUUUCCAAUGGACAAAAAGAAGAAUUUUUUUGCCUGGAAUAGCUUUCACAAGCGAGGAAAUUAAAAUUACCCCAAAACAUUUUGUUCACAUUUUAGAGUGGGUCGGUCGACAUACUUUGGACUUCAGACUUUCUGUUAAUUAAGCGCCCGGCUUAGCAAUACUAUUUCCCAUUGGAAACGUCUCGAUGAUUUGUAAUUAUUGCAUUCAUAUAAGAGAACGAGUAUUGAAGAAGUCAUUGUAGCAAAUUAACAGCCAUAAAAGCAUUCCUGGAUUUCGAAUAUUUGCUGUUUCACUAUGGCGUAUGAAAACUAGACUCGGCUGAGCUUACAGUUACAAGUUUACCGCAGUCAGCGAUCUCACCAUAUAAACCUAAAAUACUUUGGUAGGACAACGACGCAACAGAGACCAAGAAGACAUUUUUUUAUUUUUAUCAUUUUUGAUUUAAUUAAAAUUAUCCAGCGUGAAGUAUACCAUUCGUGAAACUCUCCAGAACACCUGCGUCAGGAAUAACUGUAACCAAGACAAAAACACUUGCUACUGAAGAGAUUUGACGCGAAACACUUCAUGAGAAGGCCUUUUACUCCGUCAUUUGUAAUAUGAAUAAUACUACUACAAUUUUCUUCGGACCGUACGGGCGAUUUCGGUUAUGACAUUAUAUUAAAACUAUUGCUAAUGAAUAUGUGGUUAAGCUACAGAAGGUCAACUAUAACAUAACGGUGCAUUUGGGCUACUCUAAUUGGGUAAUGUUUUGAUUGUGUCGAUGACUGACCUCAUAAGCAUAUGUGUGCUCUCGAAAAGUCUCUGGAAACUUGAAUAAAAGACCGUGCGCUUAGGAUUACAAACAGCGUAAAAAUCCAACUUUGAAAAAAUUGAGCGGGGCAAGCUAACUAAACUGAAUUUUUUUUUUACAUACAGAGAAAUGAGACUAAAUUAAAAUACAACAGAACUGAAAAUUCUCUCUAAUGGUGAGGUGGACUGUCCAGUGUUUUUGAAGCAAAAUGGCCUUGUAUUGACAAUAGAACCUUUAGCAAACCACAACGGCAACGGUAACGAGGACUUGACAAAGCAAAAGAUAUAAUGAGCAGAACAAUAGCUCAGCACGUGCGUUUUAAAACUGUGUACACUUCAUAGCUUUCCUCUGCAAAAUAACAAAGUGAAAUCAUCAAAAUUUGCGUGGUCCAAGAAAGGAAACCCCGACGGCAAAUUAUUCAAGUUCCUAGUUAGAACUCAUCGUCGCUAUCAUACGUUGUGCUGAGGUUAGCUUUCGGCGCCGGAAGAGAUGGUAAACACAUCCAGUCAGUCGCGUAAUUCCAACUAAAAGUAUAUUCAUUUUUAAAUCGACGUCUUCCUUGGCGUUGCAGUCCUAACUGCUAGAAAUCCUUAAUGAGUUUAUUUGCACGUGCAGCGAGUGUAGUAAACCUUAAGAUUAGGGUUGGAGUCACUUCCGCUGGAGGUCGGCGUGGUAAGUAUCUCUGAUCUAUGACAUAAUAAUGCCUCUUUGUUAGGGUAAGUUUCGUGUGAAAGUUCCUUCACGUUGGUAAACCAUUCGAGUGGUCUAAUCAAGAAAGCGGAAAGGAGUUAACAAAAAAAGAAUUAUUUCAUUCGCUUGAAAAGGAAAAUUAAACAAAGGCAGAAAAUAAAUUACCUUGCAGACACCGCCAAAUCACGAAGUUUGAACUUCAAUGAUCUGACAGAAUUGUAUUUUUUUUAAUGGAGUUGCUGCAGCUUUUUUCGCUGUCUCGAGUCAAAUUAAGAUAAAGGCUUUUUCUGCAAGGAAAGGAACGCGAAUAUCACUGAAGAUACCGCCACGAUUUUCUUAUUUUACUUGUUUACGAUGUUUACCUUCGGCUGUAGUCAAAUCUAUGAUGGAAUAAUCUUCCAAAGGGUCUUGCAACCUUUGCAAGAGCAUUAUGAUGAUGGAAAAGUUUAUUGGUUUGUUUGUAGCUGAUAUUUAUCGUGAAAAGCGCCGGAAAACCGCCGGCACAAGUCCCUGGCUCAGAAAAAUAAAUAAUGAAUAAACAGAUGCGUAAAAAAAAAAAACAAUCUCCGCCCUGUUUGCCUUUAAAACUAGAGAUCCUGCCCGCAUCGAGAAUAUUUCUUGCAUUUUCUCUCUUCAACUUGCAAAGAAAGAGUAACGAUGAGCAUAUAUAAAAGCUUUCAAUCGGCAUUCACUCUUUCUGAUAACAGGGUGACCCUUUUGUUUGUCAUCGCUGAUAAGUGUUACCAUAACAGAUUGUAUCAUCACUGUUCGCUCAAUUGGCUCGGGAUAAAAUCUCUACGGGUCAUCUAACUGAAGCACCGCAGGUAGUCUUAGUUAGGCGUCUUUGCCUUUUGAUGUCAUGUGCUCAAUUUGUCUGUGAAACAAAACGAUUAGCAGUCCGCUUUGUUAGCUAGUAAUAUUGCUGUAGGCGCACUCUUCGUCUGAAGUUCGUCUGAGGAAAUAGCGGCGUUUUCCUGUCACUUUUAGCAGCUGAACUCCUAGUGAGACAACAAAUUGAUCGAGAAUUAGUCCCAGGAAUUAACACAUACUUUGGUAAGCUCAUAAACAAACAAUUAUUUUAAUGAGGAUGAUUUCAUUUUCACUUAUUUGUUUAUUUUACAUUUGUUAGCGAUAUCGUGUCCAAAUGGCAUCCAUGCAAAUGUUUCCCGUCCUAAUCUCUCUAUUGUUGGUGACUUUGUUGGACCAAUUGAGUGCCGUGUUUCUAAAACGAAAUUCAUUUUAAUUUUGGGUCUUUGUUUGUUACGACCCGUGGUAUGCAAAUUUCUAGAGGUUUCUAAAAUUGUAUUAUUCGCGAGAUAGUUAAGUUAAAAACGCUGAUUUCUAAUCAUUUUGCCGCCUCCUCGUUUAAAUCAUUUGCCAAAAUUAUUCGUGAACACAAAACUUAAUUUCAUGAGGAGGCAACUGGAACCCAUCAGAAUGUUCUGAAAUUUACACCGGAUGUAAAUUUGACUACUGCGCACUGGUUCCUCGAAGGACGUUUUGACCUGAUUGAAGUUGUCACUUAUAAAAUUCAUUAUUCGUUCAAUCCCUUGCAGGGAAACUGCAAAAUUUAUUAGAACCUUCGCUAAACUCUCGACAGUUCUUCGUGGUAUGAACAAAAUUAAAGGAAAUUUUCGCACCGGAAAUUUAUGAUCAAUUCGAGUCGAAACUGUACGUUGGUGACGUUAACAUGGUUGUCUUCGUUUGUGUUGCUGUCUUUAUUUUCUUUAUUACGGAUAUUAUUGAAAAUUUUUUACGUUUGUUUACGCAGGAACUGUGGUUAAGUGCUACUUCUCAAUCGUCUGAAAAUCAAAGUUAUGGAGGAGGGCAUGGUCGCUAUUCGAUGAAAACCUCGACAAUGUCAUCCAAACCGUUAGAAAAUGGAAAUAGUAUGGCGCUACCCGAGCAUCCCAAGCAAUGGAAAUCACGGCUGCAGAGAUUCCAAAGUUCGUUGAGAAAGUCGAUACGAAUUAAGAAGGGAGUUUCGCCACGAUCAGCCUCUCUUGUUGGCGGAGAAUAUCGAAGCGACCUCAGCAAAGAUCAUCAAAAUGGCUGUGUGAAAUAUACUACAAAACACGUGAGCCGGGAAAUUUUGCCAGCGAAGGAAAAACAGAAUGGAGUGUCACACAAACACCUUAAUGGGAUAAAAACAAGUUCGCACUCACAUUACGUGAAUGGGAAAACAUCAUUUGACAGCUAUAGUUUUGAUAAUCGGAAAUUUGAGCAAAACAAAACAAACGUCAAUAGCGCUCGGAAGAAAAAGAAAAAUUCCGCGGGUUCGACUCCGAGCCUUGGUGCAAAUGAACUCAUCAGCGAGCUGCCAGAUUGCGGUCACGAAACAUCAUACCGUCAGAAGAAAACAUUCAGAUCAAAGCGACAAAGGGCAAAGACAAACACUGAAAAGACAUCUCUCUCAAAAUCUAAGAGCUUAAGUAUACUAACAAAUUUAUUUAAGCGAGCAAGUCAUUCAAAGAGAGAGCAUGACCGUGGGAAAAGUUUGUCUUUCACUGCACCUCAGUCUCCGCUAUCGGACCAUUUAUCAACAGAUAGUAACAACACUAAUUUCGAUACAUUGGUAACAGAUAUUGUUGUCAGUACCUCAUCCAUUGACUCUUAUUGUGAUAACGAUUCCCGUUGUAAAGAUAGCAAGUAUUAUUCUUUGAAACGCUCAAAAAGAUCACUGGUUUAUCCGAACAACAACAUUUGCAGGUCGCUUUCUAUGGACAAUUCAUUACAACCGUGCACUGAUUCACUCAUGGAAAAAUCGCGAACAUUAGCUGCAAUUCCACCUUGUAUACAAGUGGAGGAAUAUCAAGAAAAUCGCGGAUGUUUCGAGAGAUCGCUCACGGUUGAAUUUAGCCCUGGUUCCUCUGGGUCAGUGUCAAUUGAAACGGGACCUGCAUAUGAUCAAGAUAUGACAGCCUCUCCGCAUUCGUGCCGAGAAUUCGAAGCGGUGGACUCAUUUUCAAGAGGUACUCCAAAAGGUGGCCUACCGUUCGAAAGCAAGCGAAAUAUCACCCGCAAUGCCGAAAGGAAUCGUGACGCAUGGAAAAGACGCUCGGCUCCUCCUAUCUUGUCAAAUUUUGCACAUGAAGACCCGUUGAAUAUUGGAUCACCAAUUUUCUUUGAAUUGAAGACUGAUAUUGCAACUGAAGAAGACAGCCGUGCUCACUUGGAGCGUGAUAGUCUCAGGGAGCAGACUAUUUUUCCCGAGGAGAGGGAUUUAUCUUCCAAAGCUGUCGAGUGCGCUGAGCUCACGGCAACCGAAAUGGGGAACAGCCUAUCGUUAGGGGUACAAGGGCUUCAAAAACCGCGCAAGUGUAGUUCCAAAGAUGCCAAAUUCAAACUAACGAUCCUUCGACCUCAAAGGAAAAACGGAAAAACUUUAAACGAUAAACUUGAUGGCGAUGUGGAUCAUUUUAUCCAGCAGCCUGAAUACAUGGAAUGUUUCGAACGAGAACUUGACAGGCGGAAUUACCUGUUGAGCCACGGCUGUUCGGGUAAUGAACUUACAAAAGACAAAUCAACCCCUUUGUGCGAGGGUACUGAAGCGCUCUAUGUGCGUGAAAAGAUGAUUUAUGCCUUUGACGAAAAUAAUUAUUCACAAGAUUUUUCCUCUGUUAAUUUCACAACUCGCGUGAUCACUGGCGAAAGUCUAUCCGAGGAAAAGUUGACUACUGAUGAAAAUACAAUCUGUGAAAAUACGGGAAGUUUACCGAUUGACAAAGUAAACAAAGAAGACAUAGUUUACGAGGAAGACUUUUGUUCUCCGACUUUUGGACAAACAGAGGACGACGAAUCAUCACAACAAGGAGUUUGUUUAUCUUGCAGGGAAACGAGAAUCGAGUUAAGGAGUUCUGAAUUAAAUAGAUGCUCUCUCGUUUCUCCUGGUCCUUCGCCGAGUCCCGAGAACUUUAAAGACGUAAAGUUGCGUGAUCAUACAUGUACAUCUUCUGAGUUAAUUACCAGCGGCUUACGUGCGAAUUUUAAGGGCCGCCAAGGAUUGGCUGAAAGUCUUAAAGUGAAGAGUUUGCCUUGCUUGCCGGUAGGGCCUUCAAUUCGCAAGGAAGCAAUGUUUAACAGCUUUCCAGACAUUAGAAAAUUACACAUACAUAAUCUGACACAAAAAUUCCUCUCAGAAUAUGGAAGUGACAGUUUGUCAUCAUGUAGUUUAAAUUUGGAAAACAGUUGUGAAAAUGAUUCAGUUGUUGAAAACAGUGGAUAUGAAAUAAAGUCACCCCCAUGGGAAGAUGUCACGAGAAACGGAGAUUUCUCUAAUCAUUUGUGCCCAGAAUCACCAAAGGAGAGGCAGCGUGCCUACAGUACCAGGAUACCCCACAGGUCUCCAGUACAACAGGUGCUACAGACAGAGAGUCGCUCAGUUUCUUGCUGUCAACUGGACAGUAAUGAUGAUGAUGAUAACCCUGUUUCAUAUACCAGCCCACCCUAUGUCAGACCACGCAUUCAGAGUCUUGAACAACUACCACCAUGCACAGCAGAGGUCAUCCUCAAGAAAAAGAAAAGUAUUAUGCGCAAAACCAGGAUGAGACACACCACCUCACUGUCCUGCGUCGACAAUGUCUUCAAUGAUAUGAUUGAUAAGGGCAAGCGCCAUUCCUAUGGUGGUUAUGGUGAUGAAAGCUUCUUGCAGCUUCCACAAACAUUACAUAAAUCUCACAGUGCUGAAAGCCCAUUGGAUAGUUGUAACAGUUCUAUGCAAUCUCUGAACUCAUCAUCAUCAUUCACUGAAAACGAACUGGGAAGCAGCUUCUCUUUUGCAUCUCAGCUGUCCCUUCCCGUUGCCUUUGAUCAGAGUUUGGGUCGUUCACGCAGUGUGCCUGGACUUCUUGGUGUUGACAACCCCCAGCCUUCACCCAUCCCAGAGGAACAUUCUUCAGUGGACUGGACUUACCUGUCAGGAGAGAACAGUGAUGAGGAGGAUGAUGAGGUUAGUUAUUUAAUUCAUUUCAUAGAUGACUGAAGAAACUUUUGGUGUUAAGUACAAGAACAUCAAUUCCACCAAAAAUGUUGCCACAGAUUGAAAGACAAUGUGCUGUGGGCCAGUAACAAGUGGAAAUGAUUUGACCAACUAAAGGUUUCUUCACCCAUCUUUUUAAUUCCCCAUUUCAUUCUUCCUUUCCUUCAUUCAAUGAAGGAAUCAAUUCAUCAAUGAAUCAUUAAUUCACUCUAUCAUUUUCACCCCUCUAACUCACUUGAGUGACCAAGGCAGAAUUUCUCCUUACAAUAUCAAUACAUCUUCAAGCAGAUAAUUAAUGAGAAUAGUGAAAAAUAUCAAUCAGUAGAUUAUUAGUUGAUCCAAAACCAAAUUCUCUGAACUAAAAGCAUAAGAAUUCUUUGGCAAAUAGUAAGGAGAAUUAUUCAUGAGAUCUUGGGAGUGAAAGCAGUUAACGCCCUUUUGGAUUUGUUCAGUCUCUGUCAGGUACAUAUAUUUGUUUACAUUUAGGCCUGGAAACUUUUUUAUGAGACUCCUUAAUAACCCUUUAACUCCCAGAUUAAAUUUAUAAUUCUCCUUACUGCCAACCAUGCAAUUCUUAUAAUGUUAGUUCAGAGAAUUUAGUAUUGAAUCAACCAAUUAUUCCUAAAUUGAUAUUUUUCUUAAUUCUCAUCACUUAUCUGCUUGAUAUCGUAUUGAUAUUGUAAGGAGAAAUUCUGUCUUGGUCACUCAUGGAAGUUAAAGGGUUGUGGUGUGCACCAUUUUUUUUCUGGUUGCAUUUCAUGGUAGUAAUUAGGUUUUGAUGAGCAUUUUGGUUAACAAGGGGCAGAUUUCAUCCUUCUGACAAAUAACUCAUCAAUUUUGGUGACAGUUUUAGAUUCAAAUACUCUUACGUGCUUCACUUAUUUGUUUGUCAAGUUUCAUUUUUAGUCCUUCUUUGCAUGUUGUCUCAAUAUUUUACAACUGAACCUUAUGACUGACUGGUUUCAUUCAGUUUUAACUUAAUUACUGGUCACAAACUGUCACUAAGUAUAUCUGAUUAAAUCAGGUAACAACUGAACAGUGAACUCCCCCUUCCUCUCCCCCCCCCCCCCUCCACCUAUUCAAAUGGCACAGGGAAGCCCUCAGAGCAAUAACCCGAGGGAAAACUGAGAAAUUGGUGGUAAAUUGUUUACACUGAUACAGAAUGAAAGUUAAAGAACGCACAAUCAACUUUUAAACUAUUACAGAUCUUUUUCGAUUCAUAAAAACUUGGUUAAGUUCUUUUAGAAGUGUUUUAACACAACUUCACCAUUUUCUGAUCGGUCUAUAAUUCUGACGCAAAACUUGCAUUUUCUCGUUUUAUUUUAGCCAGCAAACUGCUAGCAUGUGAUCAUGUUAAUCCACUUUUUAUAUGAAUGAUAAAUUGAUUUAAUCCUAAAAUCCUCGGGAGGAUUAUUAUUAUCAAUGUUUAGUACUCUGUUUUACUGGAAAACUGUUGUAUUGCAGGACAAAACUCGCAUGUGAUCGUUUCAAAGAUAGUCAUUUUUACAUGAAUUUAUCUUCAAUAAAUUAUAAUAGCUUUGGAGAGCGAAAAACAUAGAAAAUGUUUUAUGCCUAGCACAGGUCAUCAACUGAGAUUUAGGGACAGAAAAGCAAAUUUAGCGUUGAAAGGUAACUGUGAUAAUGAAGCUUUAUCUCUGCAAAUUGCCUGAGGUUUGCAAUCAUGCUGCAAGCAUGGGACAGAUUGCAUCCAGCUGGAGUUUGACAGCUCGGCCCCAGGUGUUGAAAACUUUAGGCUGAAUUAGCAUUAUUGACGUUGUUCAGGGAUUCUGUCAAUCGCAAGCAAACAAAGUGAACGAUGGAUAUAUAGAUCGUAUUUCAGUGGUUUGCCAGCUAAAUUAGUGCCAGGCAGAGCUAUGUUUUGAUUAUAAACUCAACCACAUUUGCUCUCACUGUCAGUUGCUCGCUGACGAUCACGUUGAAAAGUCAUUAGCAGAGGCAAUUUGAAGUCGAAGUGUCGGUCGUAAGCGCUCCUCACUCAAAUGGCCACCUGGUAGUAAGAUAAUCAUGUACUUGAGCAUAAUAUGGCAGUUUGGAUUUAUCUCGUAAUGUCCGCUCUCUUUGGUUGUUAAAACCAUUAAGCUUACGGCUCGGCGUUAUAUUACCAGGUAAGACUAUUCCCGUAUCGUCUGUCCAAUCGUGAUUAUUAAUGUUGCAUUAGUCUGUAAGCUAAUCCAGGUCUGAUACCGCAAUCGACAUAUUGAAAACGUUUAUAAUCUUCCAGAAUCGCUUUGAAAUCUAUUUUCCAACGAAAUGUGCGUUUUAAAUCUCCUAUUUUUGAUCAUUAUGAUUCCGUUAAUUUCUGUUCUUUCCAAGUGGGCUUAAAUGUGUUUUGAAAUGCUUGACCAGUGUAGCAUACGAGUAAACACGAUUCUUGAACAUUCCUAAAAUGUUGUAAGUGCGGAUGAUUAUAUAAAUCUUCUAUCCGUUAGCGACUUUACAGCUUGCGUUAUUGAUCAAUUUGCGCCAACAAGUUAGACAUGUAAGCGCGGCUCUACAUAUGUUUCCAUUCGGCGAUGAUGGACAUAUCAAGUUCAAAAUUAAAAUGGCGCACUCGAAAAACUUUAAAAAGCUGUCAUUCAGCGAGCCAGACAAGAACAUAAAAAUACAGAAAGUACAUUAGUGUGCGAUACAGCUAAUAGAUUUAAAUUGAACCGCAAAUUCUGCUUUUGUUUAUGUACACCAAAGCCAAAUUCAUGUCAAAACGACGUUUUUAUCACGAGAGUUAGAAUUUCAUUUCAUCUGUGUGUAAACUUAAAUAAUCCAGAUCGUGUUUGAUCCAGCGUCAAAAUUUGGAGUUUUAAAACACCCAUUCACGAAGUUAGAAGUUUACCGCGCGCAUUAGUAUCUACUGUACAAUGUUUUUAUUCCUUUUUCCCUCCAGACUCUAGCUAUUAAAUAUCAAUUAUACCGACGCAGUAAAAACACAUUUCCUUCGGUGGUGCUAAAAGCUUAAAUGCGUCAAAAUCAGUGCGCAAACAAACUAUAAAUAGCCUCGGUUAAAAUCGAUGGGCUAUCAUUUGAACGUAAUCCAUAAUGAUUUAUUUCAGUCACCGACAACUUAAUUGUAUUUGUCGUUCGUGAAAGUGUUCACGUCUUAGUUUACUUGAAAUUUGCUCACAGAAGGAAAACGCAUUCCAGAGGUUAAUCACAGAGUUUUAAUUGUUUCCUAAUUGUGGCACUUCUAAUAUUUUAUUCAUUACCAUUAACUUCAUUAAUGGCCGUGGGAAUAUUUUCUAGAGAAGGUGCCGAACUUGGGAGAGUCAUUUUAUUUGCAUUUCUUUAUCCAACCGCCUUUGUUUGAAAUUCGAAUUUCUUGCGAUCUUGAUUCGAGAAAACAUUGAUCCUUUUUGCAUUUUGGUUUCUGACCUUCUCAAUACACAACUAAUAUUAUCGAUUCUUCUCAAAAUAUCUGAAUAGUAACACUGUUUCUCUCGUGUUGGCCUAAAAGAUGGGCUGAAUAUUGUGGAAACGCGCCAAAUUUCCAAGCCGUAUAAUUGCUAGACUUUGGGAUUUUAGAAAGAGGAACACAAAGUACCAUGGUUGAACUUUUUCGGUCGUUGGAAUGAAUAUGUCGUCUUCUUAUCUCCUGUUUACAUAUAUCACUGAGAACAAUGUAGCUUUCUUUUUUGCUAUAUUCAGUGCGUAGACUCUUAUACAUAUAUAUCUUUAAAAAAAAAACGUGUGAGCAGUAGAGGGGUUUAUUUCUGCCAUUUAAAAAAUAUUUCUCAUUUUUUAAUUCGUACAGUUGACGCCAUCAUUUUGUAUUUGUACAUUUUGUAGCGUAUCUUGCAAAUGUAAACUGGAUUCGUCUCGAUUUUUGAUUUUUCACAAGGUUGAACUCACGUUGCGAUACAGGAGCUACAUUGAAGCGUCCGAAUAUAAUCAACCCCCUGUUUAGGAUAAUGAUUUUUCGGCGAAGAUGUGCAUGCAAGAAUCACUUGGAUAAAUUCUUUAGUAAAAUAUAAACAAAGGAGAUCGAUAUAUGGGUGCUUAACUUGCCAGUUUUACUUUUAAAGAAUUCAUGUUUCGGAUGAGAAUACUUAAAUUUGAAUAAUUUAAACGAGAUCAAAUCAGUGCAUGCCUUUUCACUUGAUGCAAAUUUUUCCCUGGUAUGUCAAUUUCGCUUUUGAUAUCUUAAUAGACUGUAGUUUCUUUAUAAAAUCUACAAGUUGGUCUAAAAGUGACUUGAGAUUGGCGAAGAGAGUCCGAUAUUAUUUGUUAAAAAUAAAUACAAAUGUCGGCUUAGUUCGCUGAUGGCUCUUGCACUAUACGCUGUAAACGAAUGAAAUAUUAAAAAAAGAAGGGAAAAAGAAACGCUUGAGUGAGGGUAGCCUACGAAUAGAGGUUUGACCUUACAAGUGUUUACUGCAAAGGUUACUGAAGUUGUAACGAGCUUGCAAAGUGGUUAUCAUCUUGCUUAUUGGUGAAGCACGUCAAAGGAAACUCACACGCGUCAUAAAUUACUUCGUGAAGGCAGUAGUUAAAAAAUACAUCAAACAAACUUCGUCAGUACAAUAUCAGCCCUGCUUCUUUUAGAUCAAUAUUAAGAAAGCUCGAAAUUGUUUUAUCCGCGCGAACAAAGUCCAACUCACUUUUUUUUAUUUCCGGUUACGCAAUAGAUGGAUGUACCGGAAGCAUUUGCUGAGGCCCUGUGGGAUCACGUGACUAUGGACCCGGAGGAGCUGAGUUUCCAAGUGGGUGACAUCAUCACUGUGCUGACUAUGACGUCAUGUGACUGGUGGUUUGGACAGGUUGGCGACCGGGUUGGUUGGUUCCCUGCGCCUUUUGUUCGGGUAAGUGGAGUGUUUUUGAGGAUUGAACUGGGAUAAAAUAAAGUUAGAGUAGUACUUCUAUGAGGUAAUGCUUCUCGUCCAUUGUUUUCAGCUCGAACUGAAAGUAGCGUUCUUAGUUUAGAGCAAUUUUCAAUUGAGUUUCGAAAGAAAUUCGGAAUUGCCCUUCGUUUUGAUUACCUCGCUACUUGAUUGGUCCAGAAAACUCGCGCCACUUUUUCAGUCAAUUAGAUUCCAAACCAAAUUCAAUGGCGACCUUGUUACUCUCGUUUUCCCGCGUUUCUUGGGAAAGACUUUUUUAUUUCCCCUAUUUAUUCUCAUAAAAGUAUAAUAAAAUGUUGGAUUUAUUAAGAUGCGAUAUACACGUACAAUAUUUCGUUUUCAACCGAGCAAUAUUCAUCAUCACCAAGUAGUCGUCAUACAAUUAACAGGGAAAUUCAGUAGCAAUUCUGAUAUCAGCGUUCACUGCUUAGGUUCGAGUGUCACAGACUUUGGCUGCGGACGAAACCAAACUUGCUCCUCCUGUGCGGACCAGAAAAGGAACCAAUGAGGGAUUUCUCUCAGACAAUGACGUCAGGUCACGUGUCGUCCAAGAAAUCCUCAACACUGAGAGAGAUUAUGUCAAGAACUUGGAAGAUGUGGUGGAGGUGAGCUGGGGCACAGUUGCUAUCUCGAGCGGAAAUCAAGCGUAUUCAUAAACUCUAUUUUGCGAACGUUGCUUAGGGGAAAAAGACACUGAAGGGAAAACACCAAAGAGGAAUUUGUAAGACAUGUAACCUUUGCACGAAGAUUGAAAUAAUUUCCCAAACCUUCGGUGUGAAGUGGCUUUGUAAAUUUCUUUGUGCACACACUGUGAGAACGAAAUGUUAUGAUGCCAAUAUAUUUUAAACUUCUGUUUAGGUUUGGAUUUGUCUCAUACCGUUGUUUUCCUAGAGUUACUGUCGAUUUUCAAGACCAUGACUAUGGCGCCCAUUCCUUCCUUUACUUUUCCUUUCAUGCAGAAUCACGUUUGCCUUGAUAACUUUUAUGACUUUUGCGCCUUGAAAGUGAAAUUUUGAUUUUCUUUUCACAGGGUUAUCUUAAUCAAGCCAAAAAGAGAACGGAUAUGUUUACCGAGGACCAGAUUACCAAGAUCUUUGCUAAUAUCGAACAGAUAUAUCAAUUUCACCAGGAAAUAUUGAGGCAACUGGAAGAGUGUUUCGUGGAAGGAGACCCGUGUGCGUCUGAGAUUGGUGCUGUGUUUCUAAAUAAUGUAAGUCUAUCUCGCAUACCAUCAUAUUGCAUCUUGUAGCUUUAAUCAAAUCUCAAGUGACCUGAACCUUUUUUUAUCAUUUCCUUUUGCUAUUUUCGCUACACAGAGGAAGGGCUUUGAUAUUUACUCGGAGUAUUGCAACAACCACCCACACGCAAUGGCAGAGCUGAAGACAUUGAGUGAAAGCAACAAAUACAAACAAUUCUUUGAGGUAUGAAAUGAUUUAUUUUUACCAACGAAUCGGGUAUUAUUUUUUUGGUGCUCUUUAAGUUUCCUCUUGUACAUAAUCAAACCUCACCGUCCAUUACUUGUCAAGAGCUUGAGGUCGCAUUUCUUUAAUUUUUCCACUUUCGAAUUGCCCAUUAUUUUUUUAUUUAUGUUGUUUUAUUUUUUUUUUGAAUCAUACUUUUGGUCUACCUCUAGGCUUGUCGUCUUCUACAGGAAAUGAUUAAGAUAUCGCUUGAUGGGUUCUUAUUGACUCCAGUUCAAAAGAUCUGCAAAUAUCCUCUGCAGCUAGCGGUAGGUUUGCUAUGUUUUUUCUCUAUAUCUUUUGGUUUGACCAGUCAUGGAUUAUUUUUACGGCCCGAUGUUGUAGUUACUAUUACAUUUUGAUGUUGAGAUCUGAACAGUGUCUAAGAACACGGAAAUUCUUUACACUCCCGCCAUUUUGAAAUAUAGUGCUAAUGGUGCCAUGAAGGCAAACAAACAGAAUUGUUAGAGUUUGGAGGAGCCCCCGAGAAGAAGCUCAUACCAAGAUUGCCACUCGCGUUAGACUACGUUGAGAAAGAAGAUAGUUUGUCUGUUGGUCUUCUAGAAUGAGUUUGAACGGAAAAGAAGUGAAGCGAAUCCUGUGUUUGAUUGGCUGCCCGUACGGGAUUACCCGCUUUGCUCCCACUAAAGCGAAAUUCUUGGAAGGAAUCUUUUUUUCUCAUGUUAAAACUUUAAUUAACCAAACUUUUUCGGUUUAGUUGGCUAGAAUAGUGUGUGGGGAAUAAGUAAGGAACCCACACUGUCGCUUUUCUCUUCCAGUUUUUAAUUUCUCGGAUCCUCUCACGUACACAACAAAGUCAUAUAUCAGACUGACUAAAACUACAAUCAAUUGUCCUUUUAUCUUAUGGACACACCUUGAUCAAACGUACGCUGAUUGGCUAAAAAGAUCUUUUAGACAAAAGAUAAAGAAACUCAUUCAUCAGAGCAGACAGAACGUGACGCUUGAUCUUUGGGCCGAUAUUUCACAAUCAUUACAUCAACAUUAACUUAAAUCAGUACUAAGUAUCCUAUUUCCGACAAGUGCCUUGCUCGUUUUCGCAUUUUUUAUUGGACAUUAGCUUCGUGUUUUAAUAUACCUUGACGAAGUCAAGGUCUAUUAAAACACGAAGCGAAUGUCCAGCCACUCGAAAUCACGUAUGAUGAAUGUGUCUUCAAACUGCAAACUCUUUAUUCUUAAGUUUAUAUAUUUAUCUUUCUUCUCCUUGCUCAGGAGCUGAAGAAGCACACGAGACCAACCCACAAGGAUUUUCAGACGGUGAAGCAAGCCCUGGAAACAAUGAAAAACGUCGCCUCGCUAAUCAACGAACGGAAAAGGAAAGUUGAGAGUAUCAACAAGAUUGCGAAGUGGCAAAGCACGAUUGAGGGGUGGGAGGUGAGUGAAGAUCGACCCCAGGGGGAUGGGAAGGGGAAAGGUAGUAAGGGGGAAGUUAAAGAGAAAGAUGUCGCUACGUUUGAUCGAGGCACAAUUUAGCUUAAAUUGUUGGGCGAUACAAACGAUGAAAUUAAGACAUAAGAGGAGUCGUUGUUGUCGAGGAAAGAUGUCUUGAAGUGAAGAAAAAUGUUAUGACAAGAAAAGAAUGGAAGCAGUCCAGUGCAAUUUUGUUUCAGACCUGGCCAGUUCACUUCCAGGACAAUUUGAGCUGGAAACUGAAAAAGUUCCUGGGAAUGGGGUGUCAGCUUUGAUAGCCUAACAUAUUACAUCGAGAAAUUAGUAGUAUUAGUGUGGUAUUUGUGAGCGUGUAAGUGUCGGAUAUUUGUGCUCUCCAUUGAACGCUUCGUUACCUUGUUUUUCUUUCUGAAGGGCGAGGCCGUUUUAGAGAAGAGCUCGGAACUGAUUCAUUCUGGUGACGUGAUCAAGACUUCCAAUGGGAGCUCACAAGAUCGUGUCAUGUUCUUGUUUGAUCAUCAACUUGUUUAUUGUAAAAAGGUGAGAACUAAUGAUUCAUCAAGGCCCAGGGAAACACUUGUGUCACAUUUUCUAAACUAAAAGCAGUCCUUCCUUUUCUGCCAAAUCUUCCUUGCGAGUAAAAAAUAUCGCGGGGAAAAAAAAUGAUAUUAGCGCGCCAUGCGGAACUCUGGGAGUAAGGCUACAACUUUCCGUAUAUCCACGCAGCGUGUUCACAUCAUUUUUUUUCCGGAAUAGUUUGACUCGCGCGACAGGCUUCGCAUGAAAAGAGGGACUGCUCGGAGUCUUCACGUCCUCCGAUUCUGAAAAUUAAUUUCUAAGAAAACUACUUAACAACUUUUUUAAAAAAAAUUGUGUUUGGCUUAUUUUCAGGACAUUUUAAAGAAGAAUGGUUUGACUUACAAGGGAAGAAUUGACAUGGAUGACUGCUCGGUUGUUUGGUUGAAUGACGGGGAAGGUAAAAGGAAUGGAUCUUGUUUUAGAUUGGCUGUUCUUAUUAGCUAUAGAAGGCUUUCCAAACUAAUGUUGUAAAACUAAAAUCAAAGGCGCGACAAAAGGCGAUCAGAACAAAGUGAUCACAAGACAAAACCAUAUCAAAAUGCAACGUCCAGAGUCGCGGCGUGGUUUUGUUUAAGAGGCGUUUUUCUUGGCCAAUCACAGUUUAAAGCAGUCCUGGUUUAAAGUUGGUCUGUUAAAUCCAUUUAAUCAAACCGAGUUCGCAUAAAGGCUUUGCUGAGCUGAAAUCCGCCUUUGUUAUUGAUUUUUUUAGAAACUUUAGACAGAUCGCCGCUAAAUAACGCGUGGAAAAUUUACAACUUUAAAAAAGAAAGAUGGUACAUUUUCUACACCAAGAAAGCCGCUCAGAAAGAGAAAUGGAUGAAGGCGUUCAAGGACGAACGACGCAGGGUCAGUGAAGACGCCAAAACAGGUAAUUAACUUUAUUACUGAAUACCUCAGUAUUUUCGCAAAAUAUCUCUAACUAAUUUUUCCCCCCCCCUUCUUCAAGCGUACGACUACUUCUUCCUUCCACUUUUCUUUUUGUUUUUUGUCGUUGAAGUUGUUUUUUAGUGUUGUUGUUGUUUUUUUUUUUUUUUUGGAGGGAGAGGGGAUUGGAAGAGGCAACCUUGGUGGAGGUAUGUCAGGGUUUUUUCGUCUCGAAACACUUCGCCAAAUUUUUUCAAGUUUAUUGAUUGCAAUCCGUGUUAACCUUAGGACGCUUAAGAACGACUAAAAUCUAAUUUCUCCUCACAAGAUCACUUCUGAAUUACACAUUUAAGUCACGAGAAAAAAGGAAAUGAUCAGCAACUGAAGAAGCUUUUGAUUGUUAGACAAAUUCUCCUCGUCAGCACCUGUGGAAAUGUAUAGAGAACAGUAUGGAGAGUAUGCACACCGAUGUUAGGGUGUAAAGGGUUAAACUUUGCCAUUCUCGACCAUCUUUGUUUCUUUUUCGUUUUAUUUCACCUCCUUUAGUUGUUUCUCCACCCCAAAAAAAUUUAUUUAAAAAGUUUUAGUGUAAUGUGUUGUAAUUUUGAAUGUGAAUUGUUGUUGUAUGUUUGAUCAAAUCGUGCCAUUCUUUCCGGUGGUCAAAAGGGAGUGGCGUCUUUCAUAACAAUAAUUAUUAUUUUUGACUAAAUUAAGUUUUAAUUGUUUGGGUUUAGGUCUUAUAAUAUCACAAAACACCAGAAAAGCUGCCAUGACAGCCGCCAAAGCAUCCGUCAAACAGAAGAAAGUCAAUGGUGAGUUCAGAUUUUUUUCUCUCUUUUGAGCUCAGGGGUACACAUCGAGCAAACAAGGUUUGAGCCCUGGCCGCAGUGCAUUAUGUUUUUGGUAUGACCAGCACUCUUACAGUGCCAAGCUUCACCCAGAGAAAAUAAUUAUUGGUUGUAAAUUAUGAAGAAAGCUGGGGAAGGAACUGUAGGGUAAAAGGGUAGGGUAGAACAGUGGUGGAUAAUCGAUCCCAAGCUUAACUGUAAAUUUGCUUCAUGGUACAGAAACCAGGGCCCUAGUUAGCCGAGGGGCAGGUAGCGCAGUUCUCCCCCCCUUAAGAAAAUGUUUCAGCCAUUUUAUUAAAUGUUGUCUUCGUGGAGUGUUGGUCAGAUUUGAUUUGUUUCAUUGCCCUUCUCAGUCGAAAAUUUCCAGCUAUGACCUUGGAAACCUGGUUUAAUGAGACUUGGUUGAUUUAAAGAGACUAAGAUAUUACACUCAAUUUGUAGGGAAGAAAGAAAAACCGUUCUUGAAGUCACAGUCCACGACAGAAAUAAAACCCCCUCCAUCACCCACCCUGCGUUUACCAGAUCCGGUAUCAAGCGCCGAUCUCAGAGAGGAAGACGAAGAAGGGGAUUCCUUCGGAAACAGAACUUCUGUUAUAAGAAGAAGCUUUGGUUUACGAGGCUCGAAAAAGAGCAAAGAGAAACGUUUGAGUUCGGUCUAUUAACGAGGCAAGUCCAGUGUUCUUCUGUAGUCUUAGACCCCUUAUCUGUGAAUUUGACCGCGAUUGCGUGAGGACAUGAUGGAGGACAUCACUUUCUGGGCGUUGAGUCAGGUCGUGAAGGAUUGGAAACGAUAUUUCAGUCCACAUCGCAAAUAAGUGCCUGUUUCUGUGCAACUGAGAGUGAUUUCGUGACUGGUUCGAUGUGUGCGCGUCAUUUAUGGGUGGACGAGAAUGAUCUGAACACCUCGGAUUCCGAAACAUGGUUUGAACAGGAGUUCGUAAAAAACUCUACUAACUAGUUGAAUGGACCAGGUCUGGCUGUGUGUGAGGAGCUUGAUGAAUAAUACUUCAUAACGUCUUUACGUUUAUGUAACCAGUAGUCAAAUAAGAAAUUUAGCACGGAGAGAGGUACUUCUAAGAUACGUGCGAAAGUUGUGACGAUUUUGUCACUUCCGCUGAGGUCAAGCGUUAGAAGAUUUCCCAGUCAGGAAUUACACAAGGGUCAGAGGGCAUUCAGCAGCAUACUUUGCAUGCUCGUUCCUAAAACAGCGUGGAACCGUAUUUGACAGAAUGAAUGACCCUAAUCGAGCUAGACCUAUCCUGACACCCGUUUGGCGGGUGAAACAAACUGUACCGAAAUAACCAAAUUGGAGGCGAGUUUAUGCGACUUUCUGGAUUAGUGGCGCCGGCGUCAACUAGGGAUCAUGGCCAACUGUUCGCAGGCGAUGUAUCACCCUGAUCCACUAGCUGCUAUUUAAAUCUUUUAUACAUAAUACGAAUGAUGGAUUAUUUUUUAUUAGAUUUAAAUUUAUUUCAGCAUCUGGAAGGAUAAUACUUAAUCGAUAUUUCCUCUCACUUACUUACUUUCGGUUUUAGCGAAUAAAGUGGGCGUGGCGUUUAAUCAAAGCCUUAAUCGAGUUAUGACGACAAAAGGUCACAAAUUUUUUAUCAGUAAUUCAAGUAGAUAUAAUUUUUCUAAGACCCGGCUUUUAAGAGUGAUAUCUUCCAUGACAAAGCAAAUGUUUUCAGCUUAAUUUAUUAAAUUUGUAUGUUUUAUUCUGAAGUUAUAAACGGAGGGGGCGCGGUUAACAUGUUUUCAUAAGGCGACCAGGGCCAAAUUUAAUUCGGUCCCAGCUCCCUUUGUCAGCCUUGGCUGCGGGGAGGUAGAAGGAAGAGUCAUCUUAUAAAUUUGUAAUCAGUUAAAAAAGACAAUAAUACCGUUGAGAAUCAAAGAAGAUGAAAAGAGAACAAUUGAUAGAAGUCUCAAACCGUGUACACUAAGGAAAUCCAUUUGGAGAUAUUUUAUAUUCCGUGUUGUAUAGGAUCUGUUUCUA